AUAGCACAGGUAAAGGUCUCUUGUUUUCAUUUGUUAGAUAUGCCGCGCUAACGCGCACACGCGCACACACCUACAGCUCGCGCGCAUCUGCCUCUUUCCUCGCGCGCGGGGCUUUACACUUCCUCCGCCCGGAUAAAGUGUCUCGCGGCUGUUUUGAAGGGAUAAGUUCAGCUCUGUCCUGUCAGGUUCGGUCCGGUUCGAAGUUUUCCCGCCUCCUGUGAAGUCUAUGUUCGGCUGGAGUUCCGCAGUGACGGUGAGGAGGAGGAGGAGGUCCAGCUGACAGGUGGACGGUGAUGAAGACUCAGAUUCCAUCCUGGGCGUGCUCCUCUUCAUCCUCUGGACAGGACUUGGUGAGCUCCUCAUCGUUGUGGUCUGCUCUGCAGAAAAGGAAAGGAAGUUUUCCCGUUUGGCCGCGUGGAGGGUUUUGGUGUGGUACACAGAUGCAGGUUCACGGCCUCCCGGUCACCCGGAUGCUAGCGGCUCCUGACGGUGCAGGGCGAGCUGUGAGCUUCUUCUUACUUAUCAUGUAAACGAGCUGAAGGACGGUUGGAGACCGUGACCACGCGGGAGACAGAACCAUGCCAGAUGAGUCCCAGAACUUUCGGGACAACUGCUCGCCUCUACAAGGAGCUCCUCAAGUGUGCCUGUCACCUGAUAUUGUUGUCGUCUCUGGUGAUGGGAGGGGGGAAUCUGAUUCGCCGGGGCUGGACGGACUCAAUCGGACAGAAGCGGAUGUGAAUGGGUUCGACAUUUCAAAGAGAGGUGGCAAAUUAAAGCUUCCAACUGAUGCCACUUCAGGACAUCCUGUGGAGGUCGGGGUGGUAAAGAGCACCCACGCCUCUGAACCUCUCAAAACCAGCCGUCUGCUGAAGGGGGACGGAGUAGCAAAGCAGGGUGACCAUCCACCCGCCGACGGGACCCCGGCGCUGCAGACUAGCAGCGACUCGGACUAUAGCAGCCUCAAGUCCAGCCCGGGAUACGUGAACACCAACUUCAACAUGGAUUUCUGCGAUGAGGAGCCGCUGCAGCUGGACAGGACCGCGCCGGAGAACCACAUCUCCUCGAGGAACAUGUCCCAGUCCAGUCUGGACUUGGGGCUCAAAGACCGCGGCCACGUCCCGGAUGAGGACAAACUCGGGAAAAGUCGCCCCAGCAGAAGCUGGCUCCCCCCUUUAAGCCAAACUCGGGGCAGCAUAGACGGAUACUUAUUCGAUCUGGAUGAAGACGGGCAGAGCUCGCGGUCCAGGCGGAGCGUGAAGGAGGGGGUGUGUUGCUGCUUCCAGGCCACGCACAGGGGCUUCCUUCGCUGCAUGGAGGAGACGCCGUCCAUGCUGUCCGGGCUGCUCCUGGCCCUGGUCUUCUGCGUGGUCAUCAUUGUGGUCAUUCCUGCCACAGGCCGGUUCUCUCCUCAGAACAUGGAGGAUCACGUGGGCGCUCUGGCCGUCGUCUGCGUGGUUCUGUGUCUGGGUGUGGUCCUGCUCGUCUCCCUGCCCUGGCUGGCAGCGCUGAGGCGAUGCAAGGGAGCACUGGCCCUGAUGGUCUGGGGAUCCCUGUACGUCACUGCCAUAGUCUUCACCUUCACAGGAGGCACUGUGACGCCGUGGGAGCAGGUGGCGUUUUUCCUCUUCCUCUCUCUGAGCGUCUACACUGUGUUACCCCUCUCGCUUGCGUGGGCGCUCAUGUUUGGGAUCGGGACCAGUCUUUCCCACAUCAUCAUAAUCAGCGUAUAUGUGCCCGUUACCAGUCCGGACACGCCUAACAUGGCUGUACAGCUGGUGGCCAAUGCCGUGCUGUUCCUGUGCGUGAACUGCGUGGGCUUCUACCACCUGUGGACCAUCGAGCACAACCUGAGGAUCUCCAACCUGAAGAGGGAGGAGUUCAGCCAAAUUCGCUCGAAGAAGGACGUCAGGAAGCAGCAGCAGGAGCAACUCCUCCUGUCGGUGCUGCCGCGCUACAUCGCCGUGGAGCUGAAGAGCGAAGUGAUAAAGAAGCUGGGCAAGCGCAAGUGCGAUAAGGAGGCCGCCGCCUCCACCAUUACCAACUUCCAAAAAAUGUACAUCCGUCAGCACAAGGACGUGAGUAUCCUGUACGCCGACAUUGUGGGCUUCACCAAGCUCGCCAGCACGUGCUCGCCGGAGGAGCUGGUCGCCGUGCUCAACAAGCUUUUCGGCAGAUUUGAUGACAUCGCCAAGAAGAACGACUGUCUCCGCAUCAAGAUCCUGGGAGACUGCUACUACUGCGUGUCGGGUCUGCCCGACCCCAUUCCGACCCACGCCAAGAACUGCGUGAAGAUGGGGCUGGACAUGUGCAGGGCCAUCGGCAAACUGAGAGAAGCUACAGGCGUGGACAUCAACAUGCGUGUGGGCAUUCACACCGGCAACGUGCUCUGUGGCGUGAUUGGUCAGCAGAAGUGGCAGUAUGACGUGUGGUCACAUGAUGUGACUCUGGCCAAUCAGAUGGAGUCCAAUGGUGUUCCAGGGCGAGUUCACAUCACAGAGGACACGCUGCAGCACCUGGAUGGAACUUAUGAAGUGGAGGACGCAGAGAGUCAGGAUUCACUUCUGAACGGAAGGAAAACAUAUCUGGUGAUCGACCCCAACAAGCCGUGCAGCGAUCCUUGCAAGCCUAGCAUGGGCAGCAACCUGGCAACAUUUGAAAACAGGCAGCGUGCGUCCAUGCGCAUGUCUCAGUACCUCCAGUCCUGGCAGAACAUCCACCCCUUUGAAGUCCUGAGCAACCCUGGAGUCAAGCCCCACAAGAAGAGAAGGAUGCCCGGCCUAAGACCACUUAAGCCGUCUCCUAGCGGAGAGUGCUGGGAGGACAACAGCAGCGGUGUUGCCGCCAUUCCCAGUGCGAGAGGAUCUCUAGACACUCUGGAAACUCUACAGAAGAAAACAAAGAAACUCAACUGUAUAACUUUGCUGUUUAACAACCUGACCUUGGAGAAACAGUUCCGCCUGUCAGAAGUGGGGGGUCUGUACCACUCUGUGAGCUGCCUUUCUGCCAUCUUUGUGACACUCUUCACUGUCCAGAUGCUCGUCUCUGAAAAGAAUACUGAGAUGGCCAUCACCUAUGGAGUCACCUUUCCAGUGAUGGCAUUAUUUCUGCUCGUCGCUUUCUCCGGAUACUUUGAGAAAAGACGGUCCGCGAUGCCGCAGAUCCCGCGGAACGGUCAGUGGAUAUUGGGACUGUCGCGCAGCCUCUCCACCAAGGCGGCGCUGCGACUCUUCCUGAUCAUCUUCUGUGUGCUCAUCACUUUGCUGAUGGCCUUCCUAAACUCCAUAUUCCUGGACCUUCGCACUUGCAACUCGACCACCAACAGCACAUACACGGAGAACCUCCAGCUCUACACGCUGCCUUAUUACCUGUACUGCUGCCUGAUGGCCAUGCUGGGGGCCAUUGUCUUCAUCCAGACCUGCUUCUCUGUGAAGGCGCUGCUCCUCACCCUGGCGGUGGUGGUGUACUUGACGCUCUUCCUGCACGUCUACACCCCGGGUUCACAGUGCAUCGUUAGCCUGGUUUACAACCACACGGCGCCGGGCGUGUUGAAGGACCCUCAGAUCAUGUCUGGAGUCUGGUUGGUGGUCUUCUACGUGGUGUGUCUGAUCCUGGCCCGACAGGAUGAGCUGAGCAGCCGCGUGGACUUCCUGCUGGAGCAAUGCUUCAAGAUCGAGAGGGAGGAGAUGGAGACCAUGGAGAACGCUAACAAGGUGCUCCUCCAGAACGUCAUGCCCCAGGAUGUCGCCACCUUCUUCAUGGGGAAGACUGUGCAAAGUCAGGACUUGUACAGUAAGUCGUACAACUGCGUGUGUGUGAUGUUCGCCUCCAUGCCCAACUUCAAGGACUUUUACAACGAGAGCAGCGCCAACAAUGAGGGGCUGGAGUGUCUGCGUUUCCUCAACGAGAUCAUCUCAGACUUUGACGAGCUUCUCCUGAAGCCCAAAUUCUCUUCUGUGGAGAAGAUAAAGACAAUCGGGAGCACGUACAUGGCGGCUGCAGGGCUCACGCACUCUGAUGCUGGAGAAGACAAGAAGGGCCAAGACAUGUCGCACAGCCACGUUCGCUCCAUGGUGGAGUUCUCCAUCGCUAUGAUGGGAAAACUGGAAAACAUCAACACACAUUCGUUUAACGACUUCAAGCUCAGGAUCGGAAUUAACCACGGCCCGGUGAUUGCAGGAGUUAUCGGAGCCCUUAAACCCCAGUAUGACAUCUGGGGAAACAGUGUGAACGUUGCCAGCAGGAUGGAAAGCACGGGCAUGCUGGACAAGAUUCAGGUGACCGAGGAGACGCGCGAGGUGGUGGAGAACAUCGGCUACAGCGUCACCUUAAGAGGGCUGGUCAAAGUGAAGGGCAAAGGGGAGCUCACCACAUACUUCGUGAAUACGGAUCACUCGUCUCCCCAGUUCUGAUCCAGACUUCAUGACCCGGAUGCACCUGAGCCUGCAGGAAACCUCUGCUAGAUGUGCAGCAUGCAUGAACGUCACUUCCUGUUUCUGGACGAGACACUACAGACAAACUGUUCACUGAUGACAGAAGGAUGUAAAGCAUUUAUGCUCAUGCCCUUGAACUUUAUACUAGACUUUCAUCGACGAUAAAAUGUGGUACUUUGGUUAAACAUCAUCCUUUGUAAUACAGGACUGUUUUUAAAAAAACGGCUUUAUGAAGAAUCUAUUUUUUUCUCUCCUUAGGUUUUGACUCCUUUAUCUGUUGACUUUUACAGUUCCAAACUGCACUUGUUUUCCUCGCAGGUGGAAAAACACAGAAACCCUUCAGGUUUGCUUAGCAAAAAAUGUUGAGCUUUUCAUCCAUGUUUUGACUUUUGGCUCCGAACGGCUGCAGGGGGCGUUGGGGAGAGGGGCGGGACAUGCCGGAGAUUUGUUUGGCGAAGAGAGACCUUUGCUGCAUGCUGGGACCUCUACAGUCAAAGCAUCCCAUCAUACCAACCCCAGAACUGUGUGAUUGUGUGUCUAUUUGUCUGAAUGUGUGAGUUUAGACAAAUAAAGAAGAUUUGAGAGGACUGUGUGUGUGUGCCUGCAUGUAUGUAACCCUUUGAUAUAAUUUCAUAAUUCAAAAGAAAUAUUUCUUUUGAGCUUCUAUGGUCUCUUAUGUAACUUUCUGUUGAUGUGAAACAGAAAUUUCCUUCUAUCAUGGAGUUUUACUGACUUUGACAAUCCUCUGACAUAUUUAUGCCUAACUUUGCACAUUUUCAUUUGUGGUUCUGAAGGGAGUUGUGUUUGUGCAAUUGUGGAUUUUAAUUGUUAAUGGAGAGUUCAAAUAUUUUUCUAUUGUAUUUAUAUAUAUAAAAAAAAUAAACUAAAAAGCACA